AUGAAUCAAAUUAAAUGUGAAAAAUGUUAAAUUGUUCCUGAGAAAUUUGUAUACUUAGAUUGUGAACAUUCAUUUUGCCUUUCAUGUUUAGCUAAAUUAUUUAAAUAAGUAUAAAAGUAUUAUAAUUAAUCGAUAGCAUGAAAAUUAAAUUCAAUGCAUAACAUGUUUUGACAUAACCAUAUUAGAUGAUGAAACUAUAAAUGCAUUAAUGGAAAUGAAAUUAUAACAAUUAUAGCCUCCAGUCAUAAUCCCUUAUACUACAUCUAAAAAAUAAAAUAAUCAAAAAGACUUAAUUUAAAUUAAAGGUCAUCCAUUUAUUGAAAAACUUAAUGUCUCUAUUGAAAAAUGUUUAGAUAAUAUUCGAAUAAUUUAGUUUGAUAAAUAAAAAAUAAGAGAAAUAUCAAACAAAAUUAAAUCAGAUCUUGAAUCAGAAUUUAAAUCUUUGCAUAUAUAUCUGGAUGAUAAACUUGAAGCAUUUAUGAAUGAAAUUUCAAAAUUUGAAACUUUGAAUUCAACAAAUUUAUAAAAAUAAGAAGAUGGAUUCUAAAUUGAUAUUAAAGAAAUGUAAAUAAUGAAAGAUGAGAUUAAAAGCAUAUUAUAAUAAUAAACUGGAAUUUAAAAUGAUAUUGAAUAAUUUAAAAUUAUUCUAAAUCAGAUUGAUGAAAUUACAAUCAAAACAAAUUAAUAAUAUUAGAGUCAUAUCAAACAAUUUUAAGAUGAAAUAUAUAAAAUACCUCUUAAAUGGACUGAUUUUUCAAGUUCUUAUAAAACAUUUUUCAAUAACUUUGAUUCAACAAAACCCUUAUAAGUUUCAUAAUAAUAAUAAUCAUAGUUUAUAACUGCAAAUCGAUUGGAAAAAAUUCAAUAAUCAUUGGUUAAGUAAAUUUAAUAUUAAAUUUUAGUUAAAUCUCUCAUACAAAUGUCAAACCUAUUAAAACAUCUCAUUAGUCUCAUUUAUCUUUAUGUUCUCCUCCAAGAAAUAGUUUUCUUUAAGAUGAACAUUAAAUACCAAGAAAAUCAAGUCGAAUUGAAUUAAUAAGUAAAUUAUAAAGUCCAGGUGAAAUCAGAGUUAAUUCAAUGAAUAGAAGAAACACAAGAACUAUGGUUCCAAAUCUUAAUUUGGCAGGAAUUUCGUUUAUUAAAUGACAUUUAAAUAUAUAUUUAGUAUUUUUAAAGGUUAAUUGUUAAUCAUAUAUAAUAAAACAACUAAAUAAAAAAAUAAAAAAAUAAAUAAUUGGUAAUGUUGGUUAAUACUCUUAGAAGUUAAAGAUUUAAAAGAUGAAAAAGUUAAUCUGACUUCAAAUUCAGUUAAAUUUUGAAUCAAUUUCAGAUAGAAUAACUUAUAUAAAGAUUAAAUAUCAUAUUUAUUCUUCUCAGAAAGUUAUAUCAACUUGAAAUUGUAAAAUUUUAANCCUUAUACUACAUCUAAAAAAUAAAAUAAUCAAAAAGACUUAAUUUAAAUUAAAGGUCAUCCAUUUAUUGAAAAACUUAAUGUCUCUAUUGAAAAAUGUUUAGAUAAUAUUCGAAUAAUUUAGUUUGAUAAAUAAAAAAUAAGAGAAAUAUCAAACAAAAUUAAAUCAGAUCUUGAAUCAGAAUUUAAAUCUUUGCAUAUAUAUCUGGAUGAUAAACUUGAAGCAUUUAUGAAUGAAAUUUCAAAAUUUGAAACUUUGAAUUCAACAAAUUUAUAAAAAUAAGAAGAUGGAUUCUAAAUUGAUAUUAAAGAAAUGUAAAUAAUGAAAGAUGAGAUUAAAAGCAUAUUAUAAUAAUAAACUGGAAUUUAAAAUGAUAUUGAAUAAUUUAAAAUUAUUCUAAAUCAGAUUGAUGAAAUUACAAUCAAAACAAAUUAAUAAUAUUAGAGUCAUAUCAAACAAUUUUAAGAUGAAAUAUAUAAAAUACCUCUUAAAUGGACUGAUUUUUCAAGUUCUUAUAAAACAUUUUUCAAUAACUUUGAUUCAACAAAACCCUUAUAAGUUUCAUAAUAAUAAUAAUCAUAGUUUAUAACUGCAAAUCGAUUGGAAAAAAUUCAAUAAUCAUUGGUUAAGUAAAUUUAAUAUUAAAUUUUAGUUAAAUCUCUCAUACAAAUGUCAAACCUAUUAAAACAUCUCAUUAGUCUCAUUUAUCUUUAUGUUCUCCUCCAAGAAAUAGUUUUCUUUAAGAUGAACAUUAAAUACCAAGAAAAUCAAGUCGAAUUGAAUUAAUAAGUAAAUUAUAAAGUCCAGGUGAAAUCAGAGUUAAUUCAAUGAAUAGAAGAAACACAAGAACUAUGGUUCCAAAUCUUAAUUUGGCAGGAAUUUCGUUUAUUAAAUGA